AUGGCAUCGGCAUCAGUCUCGUCGGGUACAUCGCCGCUUUCGGGCCUCGAAUUUGAGUUUCCCCCGGAUUCGACGCGCGAACAGGACGAGGCGUUUUGGACGGCGAUUAGCAACCCCAGUUCCGGAUCACUCGGGCUCUUGUCCAGCCCGGCACACAGCCUGGGGAGUUCGUGGGCCGUCUUACCAGAUGGCCAACUUGUAGAGCUGCAACACCCUUCGCCGGCAGCUCUGCCAUCGCCUUUGCAUGGGGACUUUGAUCAGCCGAGUCCUUAUUCAACGGCCGUCGAGCAGAGCAGGAGUGGUGUAUAUGGGGACGUGAGCUUCUUCCACGGGUUGGAUAACCAGGGACUAGAGAAUCACGGCUUGGAGAAUCAUGGACUGGGUUUCAUGCCUUCGGUCGAGGCACCAGCCGAUGUCGUAUUCAACCAGUUCAACAGCGAAGACUACGAUGGUGUGUUCAACCCUUUCUCUUCGGCCAGCAUACUCGAAGAGCAACAGUCACAGUCACUCGAGACCGGCCAUUUCGAGAACCCGCAGUCGGCCAUCAACGUGCCACCAUGGGAGCACAUCAACCUCAGGGGCAACCACGAGAUGAACACCAACUCCCACGUCCACGCCCAUGCCCACGCCCACACCAACAGCAACAGCAGCAACAACAACACCCCCCCGUCCGCCAACGAAGCCUCCCCCAUCUUCAUCAUCGAAGACCCAAGCUUCAUGUCGGCCCACCCGCCAGCGCCGGCCCACACUCCCCAGCCCAACCACAAAUCAAGUUCGAGCCCGGCCUCCCCGACCGACGCCGGACACCGCCCACCUCCGCCCCUAAAACCAUCCCCGCCACGCGCAAACUCAACACCAACAACCGCAUCCAAAAACCCCCGGCGCACCCCAACCGCCCCCCACCCCUCCCCGACCUCCGCCUCCCCCACCAGCACCUCCUCCUCCACCACCUCCACCUCAGCCUCCUCCACCGCCGCCUCCAAAUUCCUCAUCGUCACCCCCUCCUCCAUCACGCUCAACACGGCCACGCAACCCAACCUCAACCCGUUCGACUGCGUCGACGCCCUCGCGCGCGGCCCCACCCAGCGCGGCCGCAAGGGCCCCCUCGCCACCGACACCAAGCAGUCCGCCCUGGUCGUGCGCCGCAUGGGCGCCUGUUUCAGCUGCCACGCGCGUAAAGUGCGUUGUGACAAGGAGCGGCCGUGCAGGAAUUGUGUAAGGUUGGCGGGCAGUGUGCCGCAGGUGGUGUGCUGGCAGUUUGGGGAUUUUACGCCGGUGCUGUUUCCGGGGUUUAUAAGGGGCCAUUUGAAGAGGGAGGAGGUGGUGCGGUUUGUGGAGGGGAAUGUGGAGUGUUUUAGGGUCGGGGGGGUGGAAGUGCCGUGUACGGUGGCGUUGGUGUCCGGGGUGGGUUUUGGGAGGAGGAGUGUCCUGGAGGUGAGGGCCAAGUUCUUUACGGCGAGGAGCCCGGAUGUGUUGCAGCAUUGGCAUGUGCAGAUGGGGAGGAAUGGGAUGGAUUUGGCGGCGAGGGGGGCCGCGCCGAUUGGGUUGGAGAUGCCGAAGGGGGAGGGCGGGAAGGAGGGGAGUGAUGGGCAGAAGGGCGAGUUGAAAAAGAAGUUGAGGGAGUAUAUCCAGUCGUUGGUGGAUGAGCCGCGGUUUGCAGAGCUGGUCACGCCCGCGCCGCAGCAUACAGAGCUGCCGAGGAAGGUGUUGCGGAUUGUGCACGACUACGCGAACCGCUGCGAUGUGCCCAUGGUCCGCCGGGCGCUGUCCAUCUACGCCAUGCACUUUGUCAUGACCAGGCACCUCUGCCUGACGCAGGAGAAUAUUGUCGAGCUCCAGUCGACCGGGCUGGUGCCGCAGGGGGUGCCGUGGGUGACGCCGCGGGUGCUGAACCGGCAGAUCAAGGCCGUCGUCGACGAGAUGCUGUGCCGCGAGAUGCAGCUGUUGUUUGAGAACUUCAGCAAGUCGCUCAAGCCCAAGCUGCGCAGGGAGUGGGCGCCGUGUUUGGCCUCAUUCCUGGUGCUGUGCCUGUUCAUGGAGUCGGUCGAGAUGGCGGCCGACCUGUUCGUCAUCUCGGACAACGAGAUCAACCUGCGGCGCCACUACGCCCCAGCCUGGCAGCGGUCCUUUGUGCUCGGCAUCAACAGGGAGAUCGAGAACAUGCCCUUCAAGCAGUUCGCCUUCCAGUUCCACCAAAUCUACCAGACGCAUUCGCGCGACGCCGCUGCCCGCAGCUUCAACCCCCUGAUCGACGAUGCCUGCUUUGAGCUGGGCGAGCUGGACCGCGAGGCCGGCGACAUGGUGCGGCAGUUGAGGCGCUUCAUCGAUGAUGAUUGUGAGUUUGCUAUCCUCGGAUGUUUGCAAAGAAAGACCAUGCUAACCAAGACAGGGUCUGAGUUGGACUACUUGACGGCCGACCCCAUCCUGCCCAACAUCGAGGACCACCCGUACCCUCGCAACGUGGCCUACAACUACACCGGCCGGCUGGUCGCCAAGUUCUUGCUCUCUUUCACCGAUGAGAAGUACAUCUUCGACGGGAAGACAUAG